AUGGCUCCUAUUGAAUACCUUCUUUUCGAAGAACCUACUGGUUACGCCAUUUUUAAGGUUAAAUUACAACAGGAUGAUAUUGGUUCCAGAUUAAAGGAAGUUCAAGAACAAAUUAAUGACUUCGGUUCUUUCACUAAGCUAGUUGAAUUAGUCUCCUUUGCUCCAUUCAAGGGUGCUGCUGAAGCUUUGGAAAAUGCUAAUGACAUUUCUGAGGGUUUAGUAUCUGAAAGUUUGAAAGCUGUCUUGGAUUUGAAUUUACCAAAGGCUUCUAAGAGUAAGACUAUCACUUUGGCUAUUUCUGAUAAGAAUUUAGGUCCUUCUAUCAAGGAAGAUUUCCCAUACGUUGAUUGUAUUGCUAAUGAAUUAGCUCAAGAUUUGAUUCGUGGUGUUAGACUACAUGGUGAUAAAUUAUUCAAAGGUUUACAAUCCGGUGAUUUGGAAAGAGCACAAUUAGGUUUGGGUCACGCUUACUCCAGAGCUAAGGUGAAGUUUUCAGUCCAAAAGAAUGAUAACCAUAUUAUUCAAGCCAUUGCUUUAUUGGAUCAAUUAGAUAAGGAUAUCAACACCUUCGCCAUGAGAGUUAAAGAAUGGUACGGAUGGCAUUUCCCAGAAUUGGCCAAAUUAGUUCCAGACAACUAUAAAUUUGCCCAAUUAGUUUUAUUCAUUAAGGAUAAAGCUUCCUUAAAUGACGAAUCUUUACACGACUUGGCUGCCAUUCUAAAUGAUGACGCUGGUAUUGCUGAAAGAGUCAUCGACAAUGCUCGUAUAUCUAUGGGUCAAGAUAUAUCCGAAACGGAUAUGGAAAAUGUCGGUGUCUUUGCACAAAGAGUAGUUUCUCUAGUUGAAUACAGAAAACAAUUAUAUGAUUACUUAUGUGAAAAGAUGCACACAGUUGCUCCAAAUUUGUCAGAAUUGAUUGGUGAAGUUAUUGGUGCUAGAUUGAUAUCUCAUGCUGGUUCUCUAACUAACCUAUCCAAACAAGCUGCCUCUACUGUUCAAAUUCUUGGUGCUGAAAAGGCUCUUUUCAGAGCUUUGAAGACCAAGGGUAACACUCCCAAAUAUGGUUUAAUCUAUCACAGUGGGUUUAUUGCUAAGGCUUCCGCUAAGAACAAGGGUAGAAUCUCUAGAUAUUUGGCUAACAAAUGUUCUAUGGCUUCAAGAAUCGAUAACUACUCCGAUGAACCAACUAGUGUAUUCGGUGCUGUCUUGAAGAAACAAGUUGAGCAAAGAUUGGAAUUCUACAGUACUGGUACACCAACUCUAAAGAAUGAAUUAGCUAUCAAAGAAGCUAUGGAUCUAUAUAAUAAGGAUAAGCCAGAAGAAGAACAAGAAGAAAAGAAAUCUGAAUCCAAGAAGAGAAAGGCUGAAGAAUCUGAAGACUCUGAAGAGGAAGAAAAGCCAAAGGCCAAGAAGGAAAAGAAGGAAAAGAAGGAGAAGAAGGAGAAGAAAGAAAAGAAAGACAAGAAGGAAAAGAAAGAAAAGAAGGACAAAAAGGAGAAGAAGUCCAAGAAGGAAAAGAAGGAAAAGAAAUAG